AUGAAGGAUGGAGUCCUCUGCGGAGGAGCUCUAGUUUCGCCAAACUGGGUGCUCACAUCUGCCGACUGCGCGAAGAGAUUUGAAGAAAAGUGGGGAAGCGUUUUUCUUGAGAGAAUAGAAGACGGAGUCCUUCUCGGUCCAUCCAGAGAGCAAUGUGUUGUCAAAAUCGUCGUCCAUCCAAACUACACUGUCGAAAGCCGCGAGUCCAAUGUUGCUCUUUUGAAAUUAAACACAGAUCGUGCUCAUUUCGCCGGUUUGACUUCUUCAAUUUGCAUCCCUGAAAAACCAGCUGAAAGAAAUCUCGGUCAACUUCACAUGCUGAGAAAUUGCGUGGUAACAUCUUGGAUGGAGUCCGAGCCCGAUUCAUCAACUCAGCUUUCGCCUAAACAUCGACCAGUUCAAAUUCAUCGUCGGCCUCGAUGUGGCGCUUUCAAUUCUGAAGGGCUCAUUUGCUCCAGUGGCAAAGGAUUCGGCGUCUGCAAGGGGACCAAUGGAGCUGUUCUCUCCUGCGAAGACAUCAACGGAAAAUGGUCAGCUUAUGGCAUCGGAGGGCUGGUGAUGGACAACGAUUGUACUCAGGGUUCUCAGGUGUCCGAGUACACCGACAUCUCCCGACACGCAGAUUGGAUUAAAGAAACGAUCAGAGAAGAACAGAUUGUUCCCACUCGCGAAGUUUACAGUAAUUGGGAAAACUGGUCGACCUGUACCGAAGUCUGCAACGGCGGAACUCAAAUGAGAAGAAGACGGUGCUUAGCUAGAAGUUAUUGCAGCAUGCAUGAAGUGGAAACGCGACCUUGCAGCACUUUUCCAUGCGAGACACUUUUUGGCCUCGGACCAAUCGGCUUCAGAAGACAAAUCGUCGAAGAAAAGCCAAAAGAAGGAGCCAGCGUGUGUUUUCAUGAUUACGUCCAGGAACGAACGAUGCGAGUCGUGGGAGGACAAGCGACUGAUGCGGAAAGCUGGCCUUUCAUGGCGGUUUUUUACAGCAAGAAAGGAGGCUGGGGUAGUCGAUUCUGCGGCGGCUCGCUUCUCAAUGAACGGUGGGUGCUCUCCGCUGCGCAUUGCUUCAUGGACCCUUAUUCCGGAGAAAUGUUCAAUUUUAAAAAGUACGCCGUCGGAUUUGGCAACUUCAAGAGCGGCACCUUCCCCGGUCAAACCAGCAGCGUCAAAUCCAUCAAGUGCCACAAAGGAUUCAAAGCGACAUACGAAAAGAUUACUGAUGACAUUUGCCUGGUCGAACUCAAUGAUCCUGUCCAAUAUACAAAGACUGUCAAUCCUGUCUGUAUUUCGAAAAAUCAGCCGGCAGAGGGAGACUACUGUAAGAUCGCUGGUGCUGGGCAAACUCUAGGAACAGCCUCUGAUGCGACUUUGAAUGAAGCUUCAAUUCCAGUUGCGAAUUUUGACCAAUGCAAUCAAGAAUAUAAAGAUUUCGGGAUAACCCUCGAGUCGCGACAACACCUCUGCGCGGGGUUCGAUAAAGGUCCUUCUUGCUCUGAAGACAUAGACGAGUGCUCCACCUCCCCAUGCGACUACGACCAAAAAUGCGUCAACACCGUUGGUUCCUACAGAUGCGAAGAUCUUUCCUGCCAAAACGGAUAUGAAGCGGUCAAUGGCGAAUGUGUCGAUAUCGACGAAUGUGCGAUGAACGCGUGCGGCUACACAAUGUGCGUUAACCUUCCCGGUUCGUUCGAAUGCGUCUGCCAAGACGGAUACGAAGUCGUCAACGGAAGAUGCUUGGAUAUCAACGAGUGCGAAAGGGAUUCUUCUCUUUGCGGCGAUGGAAAAGUUUGCAAAAACCGGCUUGGUGGAUAUUUCUGCGAAGAAAUCAUCGAAAACGAAGAGAAAAACAGUUGGACUUAUCGCUGCGAUCCACCAAGAGAGCUUCAACGAUCAAAAUACGUCUGCGCUGGCGACGAAUGCACUCUUCAAUGUGAUUCUGGCAGCUCAAUGUCAAAAUGCAUCAACAACGGAUCACGGAAAUGCACUUGCAUGGGAAGCCGGUGUUUCUGGAGCUCGAUCGGCAAAGAGUGCCAAUGCAAAGAGGAUGAAAUCAGCGACUAUGGAGGAUUUAUGCUUGGACCAAUGUCGGACACCGGUGGUUGGUCCGAAUAUCAUCCUCAGUUUAUUGACAAUAGAGCUGAAGAGGAGCCGACCUGCAACUACAAUUUGAUCAAGAAAAAAUGCAAGACAAAAAUGAGGAUCUCCGAGUAUCUCAAUGGCGAAAUCUGCAGAGGAAAAUGCAACAAACGAGGAAAAUCAAGCAGCUGUACUUGCAACUGUAUUGGAAAUCAGUGCUCCUGGAAGUGCAGAAAAGAUAAAUGCUAG